GUCUUCUCGCCAAAACGUUUCCUAUUGGCGGUCCUUAUUUGACGAGGUCAAGAACAUUCCGGAGUUUUAUUAUUUAAGAGGUAAUAUCUGAUCAAGUGAAUAGAACAUUUCAUUUAACCAUCUCUUACUGGUCAUAUCAACAUGUCGCCACUCGUCAGUUCUCGUUUGAUGGUAAUUUUGGCCGUGUGCGUAGUUGGACUCUGGUGCCAUCCGGUGCCCGAAAAGGACAACAAUACGAACGAUGGCGCGCUCAAUCCUGUUUUGAAAAAAAUGGACGAUCUCGGCCAAUUGAACGACUUUGCUGACAGCGACUAUCACGAUACGGUGACCGAUUUUCUCCGUCUGAGCACUACAACGCCAACCGUGGCGACAUCUACCAAGAAAUCCGUAGUCACAACGCCGUCGACUCUAUCGCCAUCGACGACGAUCAAGACAACUAUCGCUCCUACAACUGACAAAAGCCCUUCUACUUCUGGUAUUACCAAGGCCUUUGAAGUGGCCACUGCCAAGUUCCUUCCUAGCGUUGCGCCGACAAUUGUGAUGACGACUGGAAAACCCACCACGGCCGCUCCUUCUGUUGCUGAAGCCUUGGUUCCGAAGCUGGAAACACUGGCUCCAGUUGUUGCUACCCCGCUGCCUUUUGUUGAGAAAUUACAAAAGACAAACAAACCUGCCCCGUUGAAUGAAAUCGAGCCUUUAACAAAGCCGACAUUUGUGGCCCAAACGACCGCCAUGCCGCCCAUUUCAAAUGUUUCGCAAAAGAAAUUGAUUCCCGAUCCAGCAACUCUGGCGCAACAAACGCCCGCCAUUCAAACCGCACAGCCCGCCGUUUCAAGCUCAAUCAAACAGCAAGCCGUGCCGGCCGUUCAGCGUCAGCCGGUUGCUGUACUUAAUCAGCCGCAACAGCAGCAGAUGGCGGUCAGCGGUGCGGCUUCAAUCCAGCAACAACCGACCAAUCUGGUGCAGACAGCCGCCAGCAGCGCAGCAACAGCACCACGUCAGCAACAGCAGCAACCAAAUUUCGCUCCAAUGGCAGUCCCAAUCUCCACUCAGCAGCAGCAGCAGCCGGUGAUGCAGAAUCCGGCUAAGAUGCAGCCACCGAUGAUGCCGACGAUGCUCAGUGCGGCCCAAUCCGCCACGCAGCAGCAAAUGAUGAUGCAAAAUCCUGCCGUGAUGCAGCAAAUGAUGAUGCGGAAUCCGGUCUUCCAGCAACAACAAUUCCAACAGAUGCUUCAGAACCGUCCUCAGUUUCCAGCGAGGGUAUCGACCAGCACUGCGAAACCAGGAGUCCAAAAGACAGCAGCACCCGCCGUGAUGACUUUAAUCAGCAAUCCAUUGUUUGGCAGCAACGGGAGACCCGUCUUCUUCCUGGGGGGUAAUGGAACUCCCACUAAAAUGUUCCCGAUUUCAUCUUUGCCACAACUGCUGUCUCCGCCAGUAGCUAUUACCGCAUCGCCGGUCUAAUUCCAAUACCAUCUCACCGUCGUGCAUAAAACCGAAUCUUUUUAUCUAUAAUAUCUUAACAUCUGAUUUAUUUACUUUUCUCUUUCUCUCUCUCUCUCUUCGUGACCGUGACAAUAUACUAGAAAUAAAUGGCUGGCCUUUCAUUUCGAAAAAAAAAUUCAAGUUUUUGUUUUGUUUUAUUGACGCACUAUUAUAACCUUCGAGCUAUAAUUCGCCUUCAAUUUCCUUGUCCAAUUUGGCUUAUAUUACAACCAGAAAGUAUUUAAGUUGCUAAAUACAGAUAUUGAUCUUUA